CUCCCAUUGACCACACCGUCGACAGUAGAGACUCCACCCCUCCUGUCGUCGUCACAAUGGCCUCCCCUCAAGUUCAUCACCUUUUCCACGCACCGAUCAGCGACCACUCCUUCUCGGCCGACCGCGGCACUCUCGCCGUAACCCGCGAUUCCAAUGUCGAGCUCUACGGUGCUUCGGGCAACAAAUUCGCUCUUCAGGAUGAACUUCGUGGGCACGACAAGACCGUCACUGGUGUCGAUAUUGCUCCACACUCCGGCAAGAUCGUCACUUGCUCGCAAGACAGGAACGCAUACGUCUGGGAACCUUCCCCGCAAGGCGGCUGGAAGCCGACUUUGGUGCUGCUCAGAAUCAACCGAGCAGCGACUUGCGUGAGGUGGAGUCCCAAUGAGACCAAGUUUGCUGUGGGAAGCGGCGCUAGAAUCAUUGCGGUCUGCUACUUUGAGGAGGAGAACGAUUGGUGGGUCAGCAAGCAUCUCAAGAAGCCAUUGCGCUCGACUGUGACCUCUGUGGCAUGGCAUCCAAACUCUGUUCUUCUGGCUGCCGGAUCUACAGAUGGACAUGCACGUGUUUUGUCGUCCUUCAUCAAGGGCACAGACGAAAGGCCAGAGCCUAGUGUUUGGGGUGAAAGGCUGCCUUUCAACACAGUUUGCGGAGAGUACCUGAACUCCACCGCUGGUUGGGUCCACGGCGUGUCAUUCUCGCCUUCAGGUAACGCACUGGCUUUCACCGCACAUGACAGCAGUGUCACCGUUGUCUACCCGAGCGGACCAGAGCAACCGCCACAAGCUGUCAUCUCGAUCAGCACCCAGCUGCUCCCCUUCGCCGAUCUGCUGUGGAUCAAUGAGGGCGAGAUUGUAUGUGCUGGAUACGAUUGCGAGGUUUACAAGUUCGCAGGAUCCGCUUCUGGCUGGCAGCUCACAGGCUCUUUGGAGAAGAGUGGAGCCGGACCGGGUCAGGGGGUGGUGAGGGAGGAAAGUGCUUUGAACAUGUUUAGGUCCAUGGAUCUCAAGGGUCGCGGUAGCAGUGUUGAUGACACCAAGUUGCGAACUGUGCAUCAAAACACGAUCAACAAAGUUCGUGCUUACAAUGGUGGGGGAAGUGGGCAGGUCAGCCAGAUCAGCACUGCUGGUGUUGACGGCCGCGUGGUGGUUUGGAAUCUGUAAUGCGACAACGCCUCAUGAAACUCAUGCAACAUCGACUUAGAUGAAUAGACGAAUGCAAAGAAGCGUUCUCCAAUACCCGCCGUCCGGCGUCCUCGAUAGCCCCUC